AGGUAGCAUUGAAGGCCAAAUACUAGUGAGGUUCUUAUUCUUGUGGAAUUUUUAUCAUUCUCAGGUCGGUGCUAAUUGAUCGAUGUCAGUGUCUGAUAUAUUCGAACAGUAGCGUGGCGACGGAAAAAAUAGACAACUUGAAUAAUUCCAUCCUGACUAAUGUAAGCGGGCGCGUCGUGAAUAUCCGAGUUGAAGAACCAAUCGACGUGAGCGUGCUAGUGUAGAAAAGAUGAAGCAUGCUUUAAUAUGCGUCGCAAAGUUGGAUCGGCCCUUGCCAGGGUGACCAUUUCCAUAGUCUAGUCUCUUUUCCAUCAUCACGAGGAGACUCGUGCGGGCAUCUAAUCCGUUUCCGUGCGAUCUGUAUUCAUAACUGUUGCAUCCGCUUGACAACUGUAUAGGCGCCACGAUUGGCAAAAGGCUCGAGAGACGAGAACAGUCCGGGACAGAAAGGCAGAAAGGUGUUGUUUUGUCAGCAGGCAGGUAAGGUUCAUGUAAGUCCUGGCACUUCCGGGCAUGCGCCGACCGCAGCGACAGCCGCCUCAAAGUCAAACCUACUCCAACGGCGUCCGUCUCGGCCUUCGGAGUUUAAACAGCAGGAUACUCCACUACAUGCGCUAGAAGCAGGCUGCUCGGCACCAUCUCGAUCGCUCGCUGUCGCUUUUCACUGGUGAAAUCGGUAUGGUAUCCGGAUGCACCUUCUAGAGCAUCCGUCGGUAGUUACGGAGUGCGGGUCUAUCUUGUGGUGAAGAGAUGCCUCUGCAGCUUGUCAUGCAGGAAAUCUUCGGCAGGAUGGAAAGAAGCCAAGCGGGCGCACGACAUCGAAUGAAAACGGAGCUCAGCGCUGAGAAGGCGGAUUUAUUAACAAGGCGGAUUUAUAAAUCAAAAGACUUUUAA